AUGGACGAUGAAGACCAGGUGAUGGCCUUUAUGCCUCGCAAGAGGCAUCGGGCCUUGACAAGAGUUGGAUCCAAUGACUCUGGCACAAGGCAGCCGAGGAGUCGCUGUGUCAAUGGCCGCGAUAAUCUGGAAGGGACGAAUGACUCCUUGCUGCCUUUGCCGCAGAAGGCCUUCCAGCACUGUGGAAAGCCAGGGCUGUUAGUUGGGUCAGCUUGCUCGGGGUGGUCAUGCGAAUCCCAGGCACUUACCAACUUAGAGGUGCCACACACAAUUUCCUUCCUCUGUGACAGUGACCGUCAUGUGGAGAAAUGGCUGCGCCACAAUGUCGUUUUCGAGCGGUUUCAUCGAGAUGUGUUCCAUGAUGCCUUCAUGAACGAGCAGAAGGUAGAUAUUUUUGCGGCAGGCCCUCCUUGUCAACCAUUUUCUCCGGAGGGUGCAAAUGCAGGAGAUGAUGAUUCCAGAGCCCAUGUUAUCCAGCCGAUCAAGACCUACAUCUGUCAAGCUCAGCCUAGGGCCUUCAUACUGGAGAACGUGGCUUCGUGGAGCAAUUCGGAUAUUUUCAGGCAGACCAUGGAUGAUCUGGGCGGUCUGAAAAAUGAGGAUGGGUUGCCGGUGUACAAUAUAUACCGCAAAGUCCUGCAGACGUGUCAUUAUGGAGUGGCCCAGAACCGCAGCAGGCUCUACGUCGUCGGCCUCCUCGCCGACGAAGACAAAGGCUUCAAGUUCCCGGAGGCGUUCAAUCAGAAGCCAGACAUUGCAGAUCUUUUGGAUUCGAGAGAGCUGCCUCGACCGAUCAAGGACAUUUCAGAGAUUAGCCCUGAACUUGCGAACUCGACUUCCAAGACACGACAAAAGUGCCUGGGCGCAGUCCUCAGCCACUUCGAGAAAACGGGUGAGUGCCCUUGGACAUCCCACAUCAUCGUGGACACCCAGCAUGGGCGGAGUGAUGCACGCUUUUACAAAGAUUGCUUUCCAACUCUUACGGCCGCUCGUUGCCAACAGCGAGCCUAUUUCAAUUUGAGGUUGAACCGCUAUCAUACCAUGUCUGAGCUUUUCCGUGCACAAGGUGCAGACCCGGAGGGUAUGGACAUGACUUGCAUUUCGCCACACCAGCUGGGGCACCUGGCUGGAAAUGCCAUGAGUGUUAAUGUGAUGACUCACCUUUUGGGCUCCAUUAUGCUGAGCUGGUAG